AUGGAAACACCGGCAGUUGAUGUUGAUAACAUUAUUGACAGAUUAUUAGAAGUCAGGGGUUCUAAACCUGGUCAACAAGUUGAUUUAGAAGAACAUGAAAUAAGAUACUUGUGCUCCAAAGCCAGAUCUAUUUUUAUCAAGCAACCCAUUUUAUUGGAACUAGAGGCUCCUAUUAAGAUUUGCGGUGAUAUACAUGGUCAAUAUUAUGAUUUAUUGCGUUUAUUUGAAUAUGGUGGCUUUCCUCCAGAGGCUAAUUAUCUGUUUUUGGGUGAUUAUGUUGAUAGAGGUAAGCAAUCUUUGGAAACAAUUUGUUUACUGCUAGCUUAUAAAAUCAAAUAUCCAGAAAAUUUUUUUAUUUUAAGAGGUAAUCAUGAGUGUGCAUCUAUUAAUAGAAUUUAUGGGUUUUAUGAUGAGUGUAAGAGACGUUAUAACAUUAAGCUAUGGAAGACAUUUACAGAUUGCUUCAACUGUUUACCAAUCGCGGCUAUUAUUGAUGAAAAGAUUUUCUGUAUGCAUGGUGGGUUAUCUCCAGACUUGAAUGCUAUGGAACAGAUUAGAAGAGUUAUGAGACCAACUGAUGUUCCAGAUGUCGGUUUGUUGUGCGAUUUGUUGUGGAGUGAUCCAGAUAAGGAUAUUAUUGGAUGGAGUGAAAAUGAUAGAGGUGUUUCAUUUACGUUUGGUCCUGAUGUGGUGUCGCGUUUCUUACAAAAGCAUGAUUUGGAAUUAAUUUGUAGAGCACAUCAAGUGGUGGAAGAUGGUUAUGAGUUUUUCUCAAAGAGACAAUUGGUCACUUUAUUUAGUGCACCCAACUAUUGUGGUGAAUUUGAUAAUGCAGGUGCCAUGAUGAGUGUCGAUGAAAGUUUAUUAUGUUCAUUUCAAAUUUUGAAACCUGCACCAAAGGCGGGUAGCAAAGGCGGUGCUAGCAGGAAGAAGAAAUGA